ACAAGUGCCCACUUGCUCCAUCUCUACAACAAUCUCUGUAUGAGGCCGGGCACAGUGGGAAUAGCGGGCACGGUUCACGAUCGAUUGGGCCGGCGGCGGGAAUAACGAGUUGGAUGACCGUGCAUAUAGUACUGGCGCAUCUCGCGAGUCGAAGCGUCGCUCACCACGCGGGUCACAGAGGAGUCCGGCGAAAUGCCCUGCAAACCAGUGGGACAUUAACAGUAACCUCAAGUUAUGUACGAGGACGACCGUAUGCCCUUAAGCUUGUUAUCUCGCCCAUAUUCCGGUCAUCGCGUUGCAAGACCAUGUUCUACGUUGCUAACAAUGUCUCGGGACCUGAAACAGUUUUGUUGACUACCGUUGUAACGAAGACAUUUCGCUGUCGCGGGACAUGUGCCUCACCGAUGUAUUCUGCCUCAUCAUGCGCAAGACUCAAGAAUCUGGCCUCAAGCCUGUCGCGGGGGCAUCCCCACUCCGCGAUGAGUAAGUAAUACGUGGAAACUGUGGCGAGCCUCCUUGUGGUGUACGUCACGGUGGUACAGAUUUCAUUCAACAGCGGAUCUGUUCUAUCCCUGUCUUCCUAGAGCGAGGCCUCCCGCAGCAGACACGGAACAAGUAUCACAGGCCCCGAGGACUCCUGCAAGCAAAUAUGUAUUGCCUUGCUCUUCGAAUCGACGGAGAUGAAGACGCAGAUCAUGUAGUG